CCUCUGAACCUGAGUGUAGAGGUUGUGGUCUAGUGGAGAUCCUAAGGUACAGCAAUGAAGACCCUCAGCAGGAGAAGCAGGAGUCUGUACAGGAGUUGGAGGAGAACUCUCCUCGCCCCAUGAAGAUGGCAGCACAAUCCCACACUGCUAGUGAGCUUCCCUUGGAGGAGCUGCUGGCUCUGUAUAGCUACACAGUGUCAGAUCCAGAGAAGGAGACCUAUCACCUGGCUACCAGCCUGCCUGACAUGACACUGGACAAGGAUCAAAUAACUGAGGACCUCUUUCCUGGAGAGGAGGAAGAGGAAUCAUCAGCUGAUGAUCUCACCCCCUCAGUCACCUCAAACACCUCAGAUCUGCUCCAACGCCUGCAAGGUGGAGACAAAGACACAUUAGUCAGCUCAACAGAUGAGGACUCAGAUGAUGCCUCUAUUCCCUCCAAUGAAGAACACAAGGAGAUCAUGGUUGGUUCUAUGUACCAGGCAAAAAUCCCUCCACUCAGUCUGUAUACCUACCAGGAAAGAGCCUACAGCAGUGAGGACCAGUUGUUGUGGAAGCCAGGGCAACUGCCGGUGCAGGAAGUGGAGGAUUUUUUGUUGAAUGCACAGAGACCACAUGGCCAGGAGGGGUCAGCCUACACAAGAAUAAAAGGAGACACUGUCGGAGACAACGAACAGGCACUGUAUGAACUCGUGAAAUGCAACUUUAAUGCAGAAGAGGCACUGAGAAGAUUACGCUUCAAUGUGAAGGUGUUCAGUGAACAGCUGUGUGCCUGGAGUGAGGAGGAGUGCAGGAACUUUGAACACGGCUAUAGAGUUUACGGGAAAAACUUCCACCUCAUUCAGGCUAAUAAGGUACGAACCCGCUCCGUGGGGGAGUGUGUGGAGUAUUACUACAUGUGGAAGAAGUCUGAUCGUCAUGAAUACUUUACCCAACAAGCCACCAGGCUCAGCCGCAAAAAGUACAGCCUGCAAUCAGGGAACACGGAGGAUGGAGACCAGGAUGGAGACGUUGGAGAGAUGGAGGGUGGCAAUAAUGCUCCUAGCUUGUUGUCUCAUGGCUCCAUGGGCCCUGGAAAGCUGGAGUCCCCUUUACCUCCACAUUUGAAUCUGGAUCUGGACAAACAAAAGGAGGAAGGCCGCCCCCGGCGCAGACGAACUCCCCGCUUUCUCUUAAAGCCAUGACCUUGGUCCAGACAGGCCACAGAAAGCAGGCUGGGCCUGCAGAUGGUGAGCUGGUGACGGGGCUGUCAGAGCUGUGUGGCGACAGAUGUCCUCAGCAGUUGUUUGGCUGUCCCUUCUCUCUGCCAACCAUAGAUGACCUGCGGG